AUGCUGCCAAGUGCUGGUGUCUAUUACUUCCCGUGGGAGAUCAACAGCUCAGUCCCAGAGGGGGAGGCGCUGAGGACGUUUGGCAGGUUAUGCAGCUAUGACCUGGUGCGGUCCGAAGCCGUUCUCACCGCUCAGCACAGCUCAGCUCAGUACCAGGUCUGUGUGGAUACCAAGUUUGUGGAACCGUUCCAAGCCCAGCUGGGAUCUCGCUACAUGGUCCUGGGAGAGGCUGAACACAGGGAAGGUGAGGGUCCUGUGGUAAAGGCGCGAAUAUUGACCUGUGUGGAAGGUAUGAAUGUGCCCUUGCUGGAACAAGCCAUACAGGAGCAGAGGAAAUACUUCAACGAGAGGCAGAAGUGGAUGGGAAACAGCACGUCCUGA